AUGCGCUGUGACGAUCCAGAAUGUGGCUGUCAGCCUUAUCCCAGGAAGAACAGAAAGGUUGAGGUAGUAUUGUACGGCGACCAGCCUGGCCAGUUUCGUCUACUUAAUCAGCAAGGCUCGAGUAUCGAUGUGAUCUUUGACCCAGUUGGGAACGCCAUGAUCUUGCGCGAGAUAAUCAAUGACCCCACGAGGAAGUACACGUUUUGGAAUUUUAGUGUGCAACUCGACGCCGCAAACUUGCAUUUCAGGAACCUAGAAGGGCUUGCCGAUGGCUCUCUGAUACUCACUGUUCGGAUACGAAGCUCGGCAUGUACCGUGAGAGGUAGUAUGAUGUCGGUGAAGGAGAAGAUUUCUGGAUUUGCGCCUCCUCGUCUUGAAAGCAAAUUGUAUAACGACCUUUACCUGUGCGACUGGCCGCGGCAAACGCUUCAGUUGUUCCUCCCAGAAGAGAGGCUCGUGGAAUGGAAAACAGUAGCAUUGAUCCUCAAGUCGUUUGGAAGAAUCACAGCAGACCAGUGGUCUGAUAUGGUGUGGAUGGAGAACAGGCCAUCUGUUGCUGGUCUGAAUUGGAGAGCCAUUGAGAAGGAUAUUAAGAUCUACAAGAACAGAUUGGUCGUGCCGAAAGCUAAGGGGAAGCAGACAUACGUUAUUGGUAAAGAAAAUGAUAUCACCUUACUGCAACAGGACCCUGCUAUUGACUAA